AUGCAUUUCGUGAGCAUCUUUUGCGCAUGGCUCAUGGCGCUUUCAGCAGUGGCGACCGCUGAUUCUAGCAAAGAGCCUUUUCGCUGCAUCAUGUACUUGACUGGCCAGCACCAUGUUGUUCCCCGAAAAGAAGACACCAGAGAUGUAUCUCACGUCAUUCUUGCCUUUAUGCGCUCCGAAGUCUUCAAUGUUGACGAGACUCCCGAUGAAUUUCCUCUGUUUACCACGGUCAACGAGGUCCGUUCUAGCUUCUCACGCGACACCAAAGUCAUGGUGGCGAUUGGAGGAUGGGGCGACACCAAGGGCUUCGAGGAAGGUGCAAAAAGUGAGACGUCGAGGAAGCGAUGGGCUCGUCAGGUUGUUGCCAUGGUUGAUGCGACCGGGGCAGAUGGCGUCGACAUUGACUGGGAGUACCCAGGAGGAAACCGUGAUGACUACAAGUUGAUACCGAACUCGAAGCGCGAAUGGGAGAUUGAGGCCUUUGUCUCGCUUCUCCAGCAUCUUCGCGCUGCCCUUGGGCCGGACAAGCUUUUGUCUGCUGCAGUGCCUGGCAAAGAAGUCGACUUGAUGGCAUUCACACCUGACACGGUCCCUAGAAUCAUGAAAGAGGUCGAUUUUCUCAGCGUCAUGACGUACGAUCUGAUGAACCGUCGCGACAACAUCACCAAGCACCACAGCGGUGUUGCAGACUCACGAGACGCCAUCCAGCGCUACAUUGACCGCGGUGCUUCGCCAAAGAGGCUCAAUCUUGGGUUUGGGUACUAUGUCAAGUGGUUCUUGACGGAACAAUGCGAUCCCUCAAACCCGAUAGGCUGUCCUACUCAACUGCUCGAGGACCCGAAGACUGGGGCGGAUCUGGGCAAGACGGGCGCCUUUAGCUGGCACGAUGAUAUUCCCGGCGAUGUGGCUGAAUCAUUUGCCCAUGCGCGAGAUGGAGGAAGCUAUGACGAUGAUGGGAGCUAUUACUACUGGGAUCCUCGAGAGCUCCGAUGGUGGUCGUUCGAUUCUGAGGCGAGUAUCCAGAGGAAGAUGGACGAUGUUGUCCCGCAGGUCAACGUGGGCGGGGUGUUUGCUUGGGGCCUCGGAGAAGAUGCACCGAAAUUUGAGCACUUCAAGACGACGACUGAAGCAGUUCGUAAGAUACGAGCAGCCGAUGGAGCUAAGGACGAGCUAUAA